AUGUUAUGUCAAAGUGAUACGUCGAUUACCAAAAUUUUGAAAGUUUAUAAGAAACAAUUUUCAGUUUUGAAGAAAGCCCGAGGACUUUUUCUGAUAGUGCUCCUCAUUUGCCUGUUCUUGAUUUACAGUCGCUUUGAAACACCGAUUGUCGAAAAGAAGCCGAACGCACCUUGUGGACGGAUUUAUGCGAGAUGCUCAAUAAAUCUGGCAAAUAUGAUGUUCCAAUACGCUUCGCUGUAUGGAAUAGCAAAGGCCAAUAAUCUUUGGCCGUAUUUUGAAUGCGAAAAAACGUUGCUAUACGAUACUUUCCGUCUAAGCAUUCCCAGAGUCACAUCCAGUCCUAAAAACGCGACGUUUCUGUCAGAAAAAGCGUGCUGCAUGCAUGAUCAGCAAAUGAUGAAGCUUGGGUGCGGAAAAGAUUACGUUACUGACGGAUACCUGCAAUCGUGGCUGUAUUUCCUUGAUUAUGAGAAAGAACUAAGAAAAGAAUUUACUUUCACAUCAGAAGUGUCGCAUGUCUGCUCCGAAACUUUUGCUAAAAUUCGCAAAGAAUUAAACGCCUCCUCUGACACCGUGGCAGUGGGAGUUCACGUAAGAAGAGGGGAUCUUUUGGAGCCGGCUCUGGUGAACAAGGGUUACGUAGCGGCGAACGAAGCGUUCAUGCGCGUUGCCAUUUUUACGGCGCAAAAAGUGCUUACGGAACCGGCAAAGAGGUUGAUCAUCAUCAUCGUCGGGCAAGAGUAUCAGUGGAACAUGAAGAACGUGCCCGAAUCACCGGACGUCUACGUCUUGAGUCCCGUUUCUGCGGCCGUCGAUAUGUGCGUACUGUCGAAGUGCAACCACGUAAUAUACUCUGUCGGCACCUACGGUUGGUGGUCGGCCUUUCUGGCAAACGGCCGAACGUUUUACAUGAAGCAGUUUUGCAACCCUGGCAGUGAGAUGUGCCGAAUAACUCGCGCCGAGGAUCAUUUUCUGCCUCAGUGGAAACCGCUGUAG